UCCGCGUGCGGUAUCCCGUCCUCGGCCCCGGGCCGAGCUUAAAAAGGGCGCUAGCGGCCUCCCUUUUCCUUGGGGAUUGGUCUGCCCCAGGGACACAUGUUUGCAGCGCUCCAGCAGCCGGGACGGAGCCAGGCUUUGCCGGAGUGAAACUAGCCCCCUACGGAGCUUUGCAGCCCGCCGGGCUGGGGCAGCGAGCGGGGGCCGUAGCGCUCCCGAGGUGCGCAGGGACGAAGCCAGCCCGUUCCCACUCAGGGUCAGCCACUCGCAGGAGCCCCCGGCGUGGGUCUCUGCACCUCACAGUUCCUGCCCCCAGGGCCACCACCGCCCAUGGAGAGUAAAGAGGAUGUCAGCGACUCGGACAGCGGGAUCAUGCUGCACUCAGGCCAGGACAGCCCCGUGUCUCCACUGAAGGACCUGACCCAGGCAGUGCGCAAGCAGCAGCAGGAGCUGGCAGCGCGGCUGGAGGCCUGUCUGGCGGAGCUGAGGAAGCUGUGUCUGCGCGAGGCGGAGCUCACGGGCAUACUGCCCCAGGAGUACCCCCUGAAGCAAGGGGACAGGCCCCCCAAGGUGCGGCGGAGGAUCGGCACCGCAUUCAAACUGGACGAGAAGACAAUCAUCUUGCAAGGAGCGGACCCCCUGAGCACGCUGGAGAGAGACCUGGCCCUGCAGCUGCAGAUUGCUGCGGCCACGCAUCGCCUCUACCGGGAAGAGAACAUCAGCAAGCACAUCAAGAAGCGGCGGAAGAACAUAAUGCUGAAGGAGGAGAAGAAGCUGAAAGAGUUGGAGAAUGCCCUCAAUGAGUGUCGCUUAACAGCCACGCAGGAGCCCAGGGCCAGCAACACAGCCCUUGGCGAGCUGAGUACCUCGGAUGACAGCUCCCUCUCGGAUGCCAUCCUGCUGGAGGAGGAAGAAAUCCAGGCUCCAAAUCAUCGUGCUGCCCAGCAGCUCAUGGUGCCAGUCCAGCCCGGCACGCCACACAGCUCCCCGGCUCUGCCCGCCCGCUCUGCGCCUCUCCAGCAGCGCGAGGGGCUGCCACCCAAGCAGGGCGAAGUCCCGGAGCUGGAGCGCUCGCCCAUCCAGAACAGCCCUUGGAAGGAGACCAGCCUCGAUAGGCCCUACGAGAAGCCCAGGAAGCACUCAGCUGAAUCCUGCAGCCUGCCAAGCAGCCCAGCCGGGACACCCGUGCCAGCGCCUGCCCGCAGCCCAGCCGCUCAGAGGACAGCUGAGAUGCCCCCCUAUCACUUUGUCCCCAUCCAGACCUUGGCCUUGUGGAGGCAGGCUGGCUCCAGUGGGCCGCCGACCCCAGAGAUGCAGGCGAGGAGAGGGCAAUCCCAGUCCAUGAGGGUGGAUGUGUCCCGGGACCGAGCGGAGCCCCGGGGGAGGAGUGUGCUGCCAAGACGACGCCCCACCUAUUACACGGUCACCGUCCCCAGCUACUGCUUCCCUCCAUCCAAACCCGGCCUGGCCUCCCACUCCAUCUACCACUCCAGUUCCGAGGACAGCAACUCGGACGUCUCCAGCAUCACGUACGCCCCGUCGCCCGGCAGCAGCAGCCCUGACAUCUCCUUCCUGAGGCCGGUGCCCCCGCCAUCCACGGAGCAGCCCUCGCCGGUGUUGAGGGGCCCACGUUCCGCAGGGCCAGAGGCAGCGUACCAUUACCAGACCCCCCCGAAGCGGCUGCUGCCUCCCAGUUACUUCCCGGCUGUGGAGUAUGUGGCUGGGAGAGAGCUCUGCCGGGGCUACCCCUCUCUGCGGGCUGGCAGCCCAGCUCCGUUCCCCUACGAGCAGGACCUGGUGCAGCUGCACUGCCAGCGGCUGGGCCCAGUCCCCAGCCGGCUCAUGCGCACCCCGUCCCUCAAGGACUACGUCCCGGGCAGCGGCAGGGCCCUCGCCAAGUCGGCCGUGUCAGAGGAGCUGAAGUCGUGGCACGAGCGCACCAAACUGCGGAACUUGCGGCCCCACUCGCUGGACAGGCAGGGGGCCUUCCGCGUGCGGAACGCGCCGGGCAGGGAGCUGUAUGCCUCGCGCUCUGCCGGGCAGCAGGCUCAGGUGUGUCAGAUCCACGUCCUGAAGCGGUCCCCCGAGGGAGCUCCUGUGCAGGUCUACGUGCCAGAGAAUGGGGAGGUCAUCACUCAGGUCUAGAGCUGGCCUGGGCCUGCUGCCAGGCCCUCGCCAAGAGAGCCCCGCGCCCAGCUGGUGAGAAGCGGUGACAGUGAGCCUGGGCGCAAGGGCUUACUCAGGAAGCCAGCUGGUUGCCCUGGAGGGCGCUAGCAACGGGGCAGGACCCCGGGUGGACCAGUCCUGACCAUGUUAUUUGGACACUGCCAUUUGUAAGGACUCGAUUUGUUCUGGUGUUGUCACUGUCUCAGGUGUUUCUCUUUGGACUGUGGGGUGCCUCCUCCAAGAACUCCCCUGUCUGUCUGCCUGUGAGUUUGUGUGGGCUGCAGCAGAGGAGGGGGCCCGGUUUGGGGCAGGACUGGUUCGGCCGCUGGAUAUUCACCAAGGGACAGACCUCCUUGCUUCACCGGUGUCAUACAGCUGAUAAGAAGAGCAGCAGUUGCGUUGUGAUCAUGACAGCAGCUGCUGGGGUGAUGGUACUUUGCUAAUAGAGAGACACCUGCAGGAUUAUGUGUUAUGGUUCGGUCAAGUGCCAAGGAAUUACCCUCUUGUUGAUUCAGCAUAGAAGCUGCUGGUUUGCCAGGCACCCACCACCUCGGUGCAAAUGGCACAUUCCUGGAGAAUGCAGCAAGGGCUGUCACGAUCACAGUAUUUGGGCAAGUAUCAAAGGGGUAGCCGUGUUAGUCUGGAUCUGUAAAA